ACAAAAUACAGAUGCCUGAUUCGCUCCCUGGCCAGGCCAGCCAUGUAGUAAGGACCAAUGGAUCAAAACUCUCUUCUUCUCCCCAAAAGAAUGAAGCCCCACACUUACAUCACCACCUCUAAUUCUAAUCCUGUAGCUGCACCUUACCUUCCUACACGACGUCGUCUCCCUUCCUUAACUCGCCACGUCACUUUAUCCCUCAACGCACAAUACAACCGCGAGGAUGCUCGCCGUCGCUCCUCCUCCGCCGAAUAUUCCCUCGCUCGGCGAGCCGUUUUACUCACUCCCUUCCUUGCCGCCGCCGGCUCUUGCCUCCAACAAUCACCGUAUUUGCAUUCAAUGGCCGAGGAAAUGACGUCACCUUCCCCGCCGUCGACUCUGCCUCCUCCUAAGGUGGUGCAAGAGGAGGAGGUAGUCUCGGCGAGGAUAUACGACGCGACGGCUAUAGGGGAGCCGUUGGCGGUGGGGAAAGAUAAGACGAAAGUGUGGGAGAAGUUGAUGAGCGCGAGGAUUGUUUAUUUAGGGGAAGCUGAGCAAGUUCCGAUUAGAGAUGAUAAAGACUUGGAGCUUGAGAUUAUUAAGAAUUUAAAAAAACGGUGUGUCGAAAGCGAGAGGCCGUUGGCUUUGGCCAUCGAAGCUUUUCCUUCCGAUUUACAAAAACAACUCAAUCAGUUCAUGGAUAAAAGGAUAGAUGGAGAAGAAUUGAAAUCUUAUGUUUCACAUUGGCCAGCUCAAAGGUGGCAGGAGUAUGAGCCUCUUUUAAAUUAUUGUCGCGAUAACGAAUUUCGCCUUGUUGCUUGUGGAACUCCAUUAAAGAUCCUAAGGACUGUGCAAGCUGAAGGUAUUCGUGGCCUCUCCAAGGCUGAGCGUAAAGUAUAUGCUCCUCCAGCUGGUUCUGGGUUCAUCUCAGGCUUUAGUUCUAUUUCACGCAGAUCAUCAAUGGAUAAUCAUUUCCCAACUCAGUCAAUUCCAUUUGGUCCAAGUUCAUUUUUAUCUGCACAAGCAAGAGUGGUAGAGGAAUAUAACAUGACCCAAAUUAUUCUAAACGAAGUUGCAGAUGAAGGAGGUACUGGUUUGUUAGUAGUGGUAACAGGUGCAAACCAUGUCCAAUUUGGUUCCAGAGGGACAGGGGUGCCUGCCAGAAUUUCAAUGAAGAUUCAGAAGAAGAACCAAGUAGUUUUACUCCUUGAUCCUGAAAGGCAGUACAUAAGAAGAGAGGGAGACGUCCCUGUUGCUGAUUUUUUGUGGUAUUCUGCAGCCAGACCAUGCAGUAGAAAUUGUUUUGAUCGUGCUGAAAUUGCUCGAGUUAUGAAUGCAGCUGGCAGGCAGCGAGAUGCCCUACCCCAGGACCUUCAAAAAGGACUUGACCUUGGUUUGGUAUCUCCCGAGGUCCUGCAGAACUUUUUUGAUCUGGAGCAAUAUCCUCUUAUUUCGGAGCUCACCCAUCGCUUCCAGGGUUUCAGAGAAAGAUUGUUAGCAGAUCCCAAAUUCUUGCAUAGAUUAGCUAUAGAAGAAGCUAUAUCGAUAACAACUACUCUCUUGGCACAGUAUGAGAGGCGUAAAGAAAAUUUCUUUGAAGAGCUUGACUAUGUAAUUACAGAUACAGUCCGGGGAUCAGUUGUUGAUUUUUUUACUGUAUGGCUCCCUGCCCCAACUAUCUCAUUCCUCUCAUAUGCUGAUGGAGCUGACAACAUGGAUGCAUUAAAAGGUCUCCUUGGUUCAAUACCUGAUAACGCAUUUCAGAAGAAUCUUGCAGGGAAGGACUGGAAUCUCAGUCACAGAUUAGCAUCUGUGCUUGUUGGUGGUCUGAAACUGGCUAGUGUUGGAUUUAUUUCUAGCAUUGGGACUGUGGCUGCCUCAAAUAUUUUAUAUGCAAUACGCAAAGUCCUCAAUCCAAAAUUGGUUUCUGAGCAACAAAUUAGAAGAUCACCGAUACUCAAAACAGCUGCUGUUUAUGGAUGCUUUCUAGGUACAUCUGCAAAUCUUCGUUAUCAGAUCAUCGCUGGAAUUGUGGAGCAUCGCAUUUCUGAUGAAUUUUCUUCUCAAACAUUACUUGUGAAUAUGCUUUCUUUUGUUGUUCGGACUGUCAACUCCUACUGGGGAACGCAGCAAUGGGUCGAUCUUGCUCGCUUUUCGGGACUGCAAACUCGGAAGAAUAAACCACCUUCUUACCAGACUCCAGAUUCGCCUAAUCCUGCUGCAUUGGAAUGCAACACUGCAGAAGAGGCCCAUAUUGAUGAAUUAAAGAAUCAGUGAGAGUUUGGCAUCAGGGAAAUUAGCGUGUCUUGUAAAGCCACUGCUAUAGUUUGCAGUUACGAAUCUUCACCAUGUCCUUAGAUCCACCAUGAGAGCCUAUCUGUUGCUAGCAACGCAGGAAAGCUCUUGACAUUUUAGUCAACUAUAUCUGUAUCAUCUGCGCAUUAAAUAUAACAUACAUUCAGUACCAAAAUUUUGGAAAAUUUAGACUUCGGACUCAAAUAUUGGUUGGCAUUUUGCAAGAA